CUUGGUUAUCUGAAUAAAUAUGGUGUUAGAGCUUUUCUAGGAAGGGAUAUCCCUGAUGGUACUGGACCGAUAUGGUUAUACGAUGUUGAUUGUAUUGGAAAUGAGUUAAACUUGACCAGUUGUUCUCACAGUGGAUGGGGGAAUAAACAUUGCAAGCACAGUGAAGACGCAGGAAUAGAAUGUUCUUCAACAAGUAAAUCAUUAUACUGUUUUCGACCACUCGUAAAAAAACUCAUCAUUUACAUAUUGACUCCUGGCCGGUGCGACAUAAAUCCUUUUAUAAAAAGGAUGGCGCUGCGGGUUGCAUGCCGAUUAAAUCAAGCAGUUUUGGAUAUUCGAUUCUGUAAUAUUAUUCAGAUGGCAGGUUGAGUAAGGCUUUCAUGAAGUACAUUUUCUUUUAUAUAACCAAUAACAAUACAUUGAAGCUAUGAUAUGAUUACAUUUUACUGUAUUCUAAAGACGUUUUCUAUGGUAAAACUCUUAAAAAACGUUUUCAAAUCAGUGAAACACGUUUAUAAAAAUCUCAAAACAAUGUGUGUCAAUUAUGCAGGAGUCACGGCAGGCAGCAUGCUACAUUGACCAGGUAAACAUGCCGUGUUGGCAACGAAAAAAGUUACCGGAGAUUUAGUAAACAAGCGCUUCCCAUGUAGCUGCAUGGACUGGAUCGACUGUAGUAAUUCGUAGUGCAAACCAAGUCCGUUUAGUACCUAUACUUUAUGUAGCAGCACAAUACAAAACGCUAUUGCCGUAUAAUCUAGUCAGAACGUCACAUUUUCUUCAUCGUCAUCGUUUAUGCACGACUACAUGCCCAUAUUAAGGUAUUCCAGCGCAUGCAACAUUUUUCGUACACAAUAUUUCACGUGAUCUUGGACACUUUUCGAACUCUUCUUACCCUUGCAAAAUGUGUUCCAUCUUUUUUAUCAACAUAGAGUAUUUGGCAAUGCCUGUAAUGGCUGUAUUUGUCUGACAGCUAGCCAACCAUGCGUGAUGUUAUGCGCCAUCAAUGAAAUGUGACCGAAAAUUAUAUCUCACUCGUCAGCUGUUCUUCGCUUUAAUUUGAUUUAUUAUUUUUACAGCUGCACCCCUCAGAUUGCAAGGGCCUUUAAGUGAAAAUGGGACUGGCCGUGUGGAAGUAUUCUAUAGUGGGGAGUGGGGAACAAUCUGUGACGAUAGUUGGGAUAUUGACGAUGCAAAAGUUGUAUGUCAUCAGCUUGGUUAUACAUAUGCUGUUAGAGCUCUUGCAGGCAGCUAUGUUUCUGAUGGUUCUGGGCGGAUAUGGUUAGAUGAUGUCAGAUGUAAUGGGAGUGAACAAAGUCUGACCAAUUGUUCUCAUAACGGAUGGGGAAGUGAAAAUUGCGGGCAUGAUGAAGACGCAGGAGUAGAAUGUUCUUCAAGAGGUAGUAUCAUCAUUUUUGUUUUAUGAAAGAACUGUGCAUGGUAAACAUCAAGCACAUGACUCCUGUUAACACAUAACUUACGACUAAAAAAUGUAAACCGCUCGCCGAAAAAAAUCAUUAUAUCAAGCGAGAAAGCACUGGAAGCAAUUGCUUACCCGGCGUUUAAAUUUUUAUUUUCGCGGAUAUUUAUUUGGUGGCGUUGUGGUCCGGCGUUCGUCGUGGUGGCCCACCUUUCGUCUUCAAUGUCCCGUAUUCAAAUCCCUGCAGAGAAACUAAAACCUUCAAUAUUCAUCAAAAAUUUUUUGUAGUAAUCUUAACUUCCUAGGGUAAUGAACUUAAUGAACUACAACAAUCAAGGCUUUCUCGUCUUUAAAUUUAUCCAAUUGCUCCACGCCCUCCACAUCUUUAUACCGGUUUUGACAUUUGUUCUUUCCAAACAAGCUCCAUCCCCUCAAAUGUGCUUGAAAUAUGUAACCUAUAUGGAUUCUUAGUGGAGAACUUACAGUAACUUAUCGAAAUUAGAAUGCAUUGAAAAUGUAGUCAAAUAAGUAAAAAUAAAGGAAACAUUUAAUGUCAUAUGAUUAAUAUAAACAUAAUUUAUGUAUAAUAUACAGCAUGAGUGGGCGUGUGUUGUAAAGAGGUAAAAAUACCAUACGAAGCGACAAAUUCUAUAAAUAUAUAUUUUAUUCAACACAUGCAGACACGGUUCUUCUAUAAGCUAGAAUACUUGAAUUAUGGUAUUUCAUAUUAAUAAGAAUCAAUAUAAAUUAGAUUAUAUUUAAAUCAGUUGCAUUUUUGUCGAAUAUACAGACUCCUUCAAAUUGAUACAUUCCUUUUUCUAUUAUUCAUGAAUUACUACAAAUUUUUAUAGACACGAGAUGUGGCGGUGCUUGUCAUUCCAUGGCUGAAUGCGUGCCAGAUAGGAAAAGCUACGGUUGCCAAUGUAAAGUUGGGUACUCAGGAGACGGAACAUCGUGCACAGGUGAAAAAUUAAGACAUUGUCCCAUUUUUCUCUCACCCAGCUUAUUCCCUCGACCAACCAUGAAAAUACAGGUACGAUUCUCAUAUAAACAACAUAACAUACUAGAAAUGCAUGUAACAACCUCUCGACCAUCUUUUCCAAACAUUGUUUCAAAAUGAAGUAUUCUUAAAUCCUAAUUAGUAAUUACGCUAACACUGAACGCAUGUUAUUAAUAUUAUUGGUUUUAUAAGUUUUUGUACAAAACAAUAUAAAUAUAAUUAAUGUUUUACACUUUUAACUAUAAAAGAGCGAAUUUGGGUAAUUGUCGAGGUCGAGGGUCGAAAGUCGAAGUCGAAGGUCGAAAGUCGAGGUCGAGGAUCAAAAGUCUAGUUCGAGGAUCAAAAGUCGAAGUCGAGAAAACAUUGAAAGCUUGAAACCAGCGGACUGCAAGUUAAAUAAAGCCGAUCAAUGAGACCAUGAAUACGCGCCAGACAUUGUAGAUUUCUUGAAGUACGAUGAAAUUGUUGAAAGGCUCUCUUGAUUAUCAAAAUUUUGUACCAAAAUUAAAUUUUGAAGCUCUUAAAUGUCAUUUGUAAAAUUGUAACUUGUAAUCGAAAACGAGGGGAAUGGCACUUCAGUAAUGUUUCAAUUUUCCGCGUAACCUAUCUUCGUUUCCUGCUAGAUGUGGAUGCUAGCUCUUGUACUAUGCUUUCUUGUACUUUCGGCACUUUCACUUUCUUCACCGAUCCCCACAUCGACUUCCAUGCCAAUUGGCAUUGGCUUUAUAAACGACGUUAACAAUAUAUACUUUUCAAUAUACAGUACAUCUGAAAUAGGCCCGAUGUAUUUCAAUGUGUCGUCCAAACAUUGCUUAGGUUAAAGUAGACAAAAGUAGAUGGUUUCCCCUUUCCAUCGAUAUCCUCGAUAUUCAGAGCUUUUAAUACCCAUUUCAACAGGGCCGUACCUAGACGCGAUGGGGGGGGGGGUAUUCGUAGUGACGUUUUUGAUAACACGAACGGCAUGAGCAACGAUUGGUGAAAAACGUCAACUUUACUUCCGGUCGACGUCCGUGUUGUCAAAAACGUCACUUGCUUUAAGCUCACUAUUAUUCAUGUUCACAUACCGUAAAAACAAUCGCUACCAAACGAAAUGCGUCGGACAGAACACGAAUAUAUGAAUAGCCACCCCCCACCGUACAAUUAUCGCGUCUAGGUACGGCCUUGAUUUUAACAACAAUUAUUUUUGUUCAAUAUAUGUUAAUGAUAUAGUCCUAAUUUUAAUUAGCUUUUAUGCAGUCAUAUACUCUUUGAUUCUCUAUAGUUGUUUUGCCGACUCUUGGUUUCAGCAAUGGAUCUAACCUGGCAGUCGACGAAGGAAUUCCCGUUGUGCUUACCAUUCAAGUGACUGGACUGCUAACAACUGAAAUUUCUGCAAUGUAAGUCAAAUAACUUUUGCUUCAACGGCAGAUUGUCACUUACUGUACGUUCAGGGGUUUCAGAAUGAUUUGAAGUAGGCGGCUGUACCCAAAAAGUAGCCGGCCGUGAUUGAUAGUUAAAAAAUCGCGCCUGGAGGUGGGCGUGCCCUCACAUGGAAAUUUAAAAAAUUUUCGCCUCAAAUUAACAAUCAAAUAAUAUAGAAUUAAUAAAGAGACAAAGUACAACUGUUAAUAUGUUAGAUUUAGAUGACAUUUGCAUUUAUACUUGUAAGUGACAAUGUACUUUAAUGUGCUACUAGUACUUUAAUUUUUACAGUUGCAUGGACAGAAUGACAAUGUACACUAUUAGUAUUAAUUCAUGAGUCCGAAAUCAUUAAUCAAAUGAUGUUAUACUUAUGUACGCGCGUAAUGAACUUUACUUCAUCACUUUAUCAUAAUUAAUUCACUGUCAAAGAAUUAGUCACUUGAAAAACAUUAACCAAAGUAGCUCUGAAUCUGACUCGUUCUCCGGCUCACUGUCAAAUUCGGAUUCCCCAAUGGUUAAGUCACUGUCAGAGUCAAUCAGAGUCAUCUUCCUGUUCAGGAAGAUUCAGAGCCGCUGACCAUUUGCUACGAAAUUCAAGAUGGCGACGAGAAAACAAUAUACACUUAAUGUCUGCACCCGAGGGAAUUAGUUAGUUUUGUUUUCCCGAGAAUCUCAAUGUUUGAGAUUACAUUGAGAUUCGAGGGAAAACAAAACUAACUAUUUCCCGAGGGAAAAGGCGUUAAGUGUUUUGUUAUAUAGCGACGAAACAAAUAUCAACAUUGAACAACAUUCAUACAACAAUAUUUGUAUUUCAUGACAAAAACUCUAUAGCGUAAACGAGUUUAAAAUUUAAAAAACCUUAUUAAAUGGUUUCAGGAGCAUAUCCUGUUGCCUGUUAUGUAUUUUUCUUCUCUUUUACAUUCUUUAUUUCACAAAGCCACGAAAACAGUAGUUUAAAUAGCAUAAAUUUGUGCCGCCAUUUUGUUUAUUUAUGUACGUAGCCGGUCGGGGCGGACAACAAUUUUUCAAUUAUUGCCCGGGCGGGAUACAUUGCAUCUAUCUAAAGCCACGUGAUUACAAAUCAGCCAAUCACGUUUGGUGUUCACACUAGCUAUAUAACAAAGAAUGUUUAUAUUAUUUUUUUUUCGACAGCAACUUAAGAAAGCAAGCUAUGUUUGGUACUAUGUAUUAUUGAUCUUAUUGAUCUUUCAAAAUAAGUGAUGGUUUGUUUGAAUUCCAAUUGGAACAUAACAAACAUCGUGUUGGUUCGCUUGUACCUUUGUAUAUAAAAUGUUUCCUGUGACCAGACGAAAAGUAGCCGGCGGUAAAAGUUCAAGUAGCGGGCGGAACUCCGGCGGCGGCCGGCUUAUUCUGAAACCCCUGACGUUGAGUAUUUUAUCAUUUAUUUAUUUUUCAAAGACUGUCCUUUAUAUAAUAAACAGAAAAAUAUAUGGGUGCUUGGAAAUACCAGAUUUAUUUUUCGUGUUACUCGAAAUAAAUCUGGUAUUUCCGCGCACCCAUGUAUUAUUCUCUACUUAAACGAUAGUAUGAUGUAAUUUAUCAACACGAAAUUCGAAAUAAGUAAACCGCCGACUGAGUAAUGACUCGCUACAUGUUAUAUAGCCAUGUAAACACUGUCUAUAUCUUCUUUUUCAACAUUUUUACCAGCCUAUAAUUUUCAGUGAAGGUAAUCUUUGAGAACAUGUAUUGAUAAAGCAUUUUUUUUCAAGAUUCAGAAAUGAUUUUUCUUUUAAUUUCGAAUAUGAAAUGCAAAAUACAUUAAAGAAAUAUAUUAUCAGUUAAAAAACGGGGGUCACCGAUCUUUUUAGGGAAUUGUGGCAUUAAAACGUGAAAUACAAGUAAAUAAAUAUACUACAGACACAUGGAACCCUAGCUACACUUUUGUAUGCCUUUUUUGAAAACAUUGAAUUUAACGUAAUUCUUUGCACAAAUGUAACCAAAGAUGUUUUGAAGUAACAUAAAAUCCUCAUAAAAUGAUUUUUUUUAUACGGUACGUAUAAUGGAUGAAAUGAUAAGUUAUAAGAUGUGCGCAGUAAAAGUGCGCAAUGAAAAACUGCGGAAUUACCUUAACUGCCGGAAUGCAUGAUGUCCAAAAAUAUAAUCCCCGAGCUAACGGCGCGUCCGGGCGUAAGCCCGGGGCCAGGGUACUAAUUCCGCCUGGCUAUUUACACCCGGGGAAAGGAACGCACUAGCAAAGUCUAAAGUUCAUCAAAUACCGCGGGCGCAUGGUGUAUGGGUGGUCAUCUCACUGAUCUCAAAAUAUGGCUGUCUGCCAGGAAUGAAGAUGGGAAAACUACAAAAAAAUACAUGUAAGAAAGCUUGGAAAAUCGUUUCACAUAACAAAUUGUAAAACUUUUUUGCAAUUUUUAAACGUCAACAUUCAUAAGAAUUGAUUUAGUACGAGAAAUCCUAAAGUAUAGCGCAUAGUAUAGGGCCAUGUUGUUUCAAUUGUUUAUAUAUGACUUAAAUUUGUGUUAUUAUAGACUUUGUUCUUGUUGUUCAAGUCUUUCCUAUGCAUUGUAUGUGAAAAUUUCUCAGUUAAAUUAACUUUUGUAGAAGUUCAUGAUAAAAAGGAAGGCAAAUUAUUUUCGUUAGCGUCUUGUACGAAUUAAAUUUAUUUAAUUUCAAAGUGCGAGUUGAAGCUCAAGUUGAAGAGUUUAAUAUCGGCAAAAAGCAGUUAAUUUCAAUUCACAUUUAAAAACGUUUUACGUAGAGUUUCGUUUUGACAAACCAAAAUAAUAUACCUACUUUAUAUAUUUUUGAAAUUGAUAGUUCUGUAUUUAAAAGUGUUCAAGUUUCAUCUAUUUUUUGCAGGUUUGUACAAAAAACUUAAAAAAAAUAUUUUGUGUUGCCAUGACUAUAUGACGUGAGCAACGCGAGCCUGCGUUCAGUAUUGGCGUAACUACGAAUACUUCAUGUUGAAACAAUGUUUGGGGAAUAUAGGCGAGGGGUUGUUGCAUGCAUGUAUUUCUAGUUAUAAUCUUUCACGUCCGUGAUGAUAUUGAUCUGUUUCGUACACAUCGAUGCAACUAUAGGUCCCUGGCAGGAAUCGAACCUGCGACCCUGCAUGCGAUUCCGGUGCAGUUGGUUGGAGCGCUAUACACCCGAAUCGCAGGGCUGUAUGUUCGAUUUCUGCCAGGGACCUAUAGUUUCAUUUUUCGCGGCUGUACUUGGUUAGGUCUAAUAAAUGUAUAUAAAUUUCCGCGCGAUUAUUUCCAUCUACUAGACCCUUCAAUUGGUCAUUACACUUGCCUUUUACCCUGAAUCUGGUACCAUAUUUGGAUUUCUACCAUGUUUCCACAUUUUAUUUAGGGCCACAGUUUUGCUUGCAAGCGCCAGUAACGCAGAUUUCGAUGCACUUCCACUACCUGGCCUGAACUUUAGUCCUGGUAAUACCAACGAAACAGUUACUAUAGCAACCAAGGAUGAUUCAAUUAUUGAACCCGACGAGGUCUUUGUCGUCACUCUAUCAACAGCAAGUCCAAAUGCGCAAAUUGACAAGGUCAAGGGAGUGAUAAUUAUUACGAUUAAUGACAACGAUG